AAAUACAAAAAAUCAACAAUUUCUCUAUUGUUCUUGAGAUUUUUUUCUAAUUUUAAUCUUUUGUGUGUGUGUGAUCUUUAAUCUCAUCAUCAAAGUUGCUUCCUUUUUCACGGUCUUCUAAUCAACAGCAAGUUUUGGGAAUGGGCCUCUUCUCCUUCUUAGUUUCCCCUUUUCCAAUAAAAUCCGUCUUCUUCUUUUCUGGGUUUCGUCGAUUUCACCUCUAAGAGUUCGAAAUUAGGGUUUUUUUUUUCUUUCUUUUCUUUCAGUUAGGGCUGAUUCGAGGUCGCGAGAGUAAUCUGUUUUUGCUUUUAACUCAGAUUUACUCGUGCCUUUGGCACGACACACUAGUGGGUUCUUGACGAACUUAUUCUUUAGGGUUUUUUUUUCUUUUCUUUUGUCGAAUUGUUCUCUUCUUUGUAGCUGUUGUCUCUUUUGGGUCAUUUUGGCUGCCAGUUUCGUAGAGAGUUAGAGAAAGUUUGGUUAUGCUUUGAAUGAUGUUUCAUGGUCAAGGUUUUUCGAGAAACCGUUGUAAUGUUGUGGCAGUUGUUUCUAGAGAGAAUGAUAACCAGAUAGAUGGAGCUCCUCCUCCUCCUCCUCUUCAACCCAAAUACCCUUUUCCAGAUCUCUCUUCUUCAGGGCGACUCAAGAUUCAGGUACUGAAUAAUCCUACGACAGAGGAGUUCCAGGUUGCUGUUAACUCUUCUGCUACGGAUUUUGUCUACUUGCAAGGGGAGCAGAGUGGAGAUAGUGAUGAAGUUGGUCCCUUUGUGUUGGGAUUUACUGAUUUUUCUACUCCUGAUGCCUUGGUUGCUCUGUUUGGUUCCACAUUACCGACAACGGUUUACCUUGAGCUUCCAAAUGGUGAAGAAUUAGCUCAAGCACUCUACUCUAAGGGUGUUCAAUAUGUUAUAUAUUGGAAAAAUGCUUUCACGAAAUAUGCAGCCUGCCAUUUUCGCCAUGCUCUGUUUUCAGUCAUACAGAGUUCGUGCAGUGAUACAUGGGAUGUGUUCCAUGUUGCAGAGGCAUCUUUCCGACUCUAUUGUACGAGUGACAAUACCGUCCUUCCUUCGAACAGCAACCGUAAAAUGAAUUAUGAGAUGGGACCCUGCUUGCUUGGAGACCCUCCAAAGAUUGACGUGGUUUCGCCAGAAGCUGAUGAACUAGAAGACGAAAAUUCAUUAGAGAGCCUCCCGUCAAUAAAGAUAUAUGACGAAGAUGUUACCGUGAGAUUCCUUUUGUGUGGACCUCCAUGCACACUGGAUACAUCUGUACUGGGAUCUUUGGUGGAAGGACUUAAUGCUCUCUUGAGAGUAGAAAUGCGAGGAAGUAGGCUCCAUAACCGUUCUAGUGCUCCAGCACCUCCUCUUCAAGCAGGAACAUUUACUCGUGGUGUAGUGACCAUGCGGUGUGAUAUCUCGACCUGUUCUUCAGCACACAUAUCAAUGCUGGUGUCUGGAAAUGCGCAGACCUGUUUCAGUGACCAGCUUUUGGAAAAUCACAUAAAACAUGAGGUGAUUGAGAAGAUCCAACUAGUCCAUUCAGUGGUCAACUCAGAAGAAACAGAGCGGGUUUUCUCUGAGCCUCGGAGAUCUGCUUCAAUAGCUUGUGGGGCAAGUGUGUGUGAAGUUUCUAUGCAAGUACCGACAUGGGCUCUGCAGGUUAAUUAUCUCUUUCUCUGCUCGAUUUAGAUUUGUUGUAGUCUUCUAGACUAGUCCUGAGAAUGUUAUGAUGAUAAAGUUUGUUAUGAAAAUGCAACGAACAUUAGUGAAGG